AUGGAGCCGGCCGUCAACCCAGAGCCCAGUCUGGCUAACAGAGUCAAUUUGUGUGAAGCUGCAAGAUCAGCCACGGGAUAUGCAACUGCCGGGGCCAGAGACUAUUCUGCCCUAUCCCGGCCACUCCUUGAACACAGUGAUUUGCUUGAGUCUGAACCACUGAUCUUGACCGACCAACAUCACCAUACUCUCACUUUCAAAGCCACCUUUCCAGCUGAUGGAAGCAAGAAACACAAGACCGUACUUGAAGCUUGUCUUGCAGAAAAGGGAAUAGAGCGCCCAUUAAAUUCUUUUCUGGGUCUGUUGGAUGGUGAUGAAUAUGAAAUUGGCAAAGGUCUCACAGAGCCUGAAAAGAUUGAAACUUGGAACUUGAUACAGAAGAAACUCAAGGAAUUCAAAUCUUCAGGUCAAGUUCUGAGUCAGCAAGAAGUACGAUUCCAGGUUGAUUUUAUAAAAGCUUUCAAUCGUUUAGCCAACCACGUUCUUCAAAAUAGACUAUUAAACUCGGUCAAAAGUAUCAACAGCUACAAGCCAGAGACUGUCGUGAGCAUGGUCAAGAUGUAUAGCGAGCUUGUAUUCCAAAGGUUGGGCAGGAAGGUUUUUGACUCUUGGAUGUCUUCUGUUCCAGAUCUCAAUUUCCUGACAUCCGGCUGGGAUCUGAGGCACUUUCAUAGAUCAAUAAAAGCCCUCUCUGCUCAAGGUCAGGAGAAAGUUGUACAUGCCGUCAUGGGUAAGGUACUAUCACAUACACGGGAAUUCUUCUCCUUGAGAGGAUCCCAGUUCAGCAAACGAUUUGCCAAAAUUCACCAGGAAUUUAUAGAAUUACAACCCAAUUUCCUCGGCCAAACCCACAGUCUUUCUACAAAAUUGGACCAGGCCGGACCAGAUACAAUUGAUGAGGUAAUGAAAGGAUCUCCAAUCACAUCUUUCACAGAAAAACUGGUCGAUUUUUUUAAGAAACCCGAACUCACUACACCCGACCUGGAACAAAGAAGGAUCGAGUACCAGCUGGUUUACUACAUGCUGAAUUUCAUUGACCAAAACCACCCUCAAAUCAUCAGCAAGACGGUAAAAUGCACUGAGACAAAGUUACCGAGGACAGAGCGGGACAAGCAUUGA